CGCAUAUCACGACCUAUUUUCAAUCCAACAAUUGACCAAGUCGACGAACGAUCCCAUGGCCACACUUCUGAGGCUCCCACCCGAGGUGCUGCAACAGAUCCCGUUGCACGUCCACGAUGGUGUUCCAAUAUACCCUUUUAGUGGACACCAACCGCGGCCGGGCCGGUACGAACUGAAAGCUAUGAACCAUCGGGCAAACUUGACUUGUUUGCGUUUAGUUAACCGGCGGUUUCAUCAACUGGUCACGCCAUUACUGUUCCAGCAUGCCGUCAUCAGUGCUAAAAGUGGCACAAAGCGUCUCCAACAAUUAUCAAGGGUUCCUUUACUCAGUCGACUGGUCCGUCGCCUAGAGAUCUGCGUCGACGUCGAGUCUGUGGAUGACUAUGAGCGUAUUCCAGACCGGGAGGGGGAUGAACCCAAGAAUCUAGCAUAUCUCGACCGACUAGCCAUCGUCAUUCAUAGUACCUUGCCGAGGUUCUCUAACCUCGAAGUCUUGAAGCUCAACUUGGUGGAAAUCCCGUAUCGAAUCGAAUGGGACUAUGAGGAUCCGGAGAGCUUCAGCUGGAAGCAGGACACGGCAAAUCUCUUCGAAUCGCUCGCUACAGCUAUGCGCACAUCUCAGCUCGACAAGCUAAAUGAGGUCGACCUUUCACUACCACUGGCAUACGACUUUGGUCACUUUUUGAACCAUGACACCAACAAAGAUGGCGAAAACCACGACACAAAAGGGCACUCAAUGGCGGCUCUGUUUCAACGACUCAAAUAUCUCAAACUUCGCUGCGGGCUAAGUACCGACGAUGGCGGGGGCAUAGAACUCCGCCAUCUGCAACCAAAUGAAGAGUACAAUGAAAACAUCCGACAAGUACUGGCGCUUGCACCGAAUAUACACUCUCUGAAGGUCACGGGCUCGGGCAGCCUAAUACUCGAUCAGCCAGAACUAUCUCCCUUACAUUUGCGAUCCUUGACUCUAAAAAGCAUGUCGAUACCCGGGAAUCCCCUCAUUCCGCUUAUCCAGCAAUCCACGGCACUCAGCGACGUCGUUCUAGAGCGCGUACAUCUCGAGUCUGGCAGAUGGAAGGACGUCCUCUUGGCGAUGAGCCAGUCAUCGAUUAUUUCCUUCCACAUUGAGUCGUGCGGCUAUGAGGCGGAGGGAGAGAGCGGGGUCUUUCAACCAAAGGAUCAACUCUUGCCCUCCACCGAUGUAUACAUAGAGACCACCGAAGCGGACGAUCUCGCUGCUUGCGAGGCGGUGUUUGCGCGCAUGCUGGAGAAUAGACGUCAGAAGUACGGGAGUGAAUAUGACGAGCAGGCGGACUGGGAGCGCAUGAGAAUCGAAGCAGAGGAGGCAAGAGUGAAAGGGAGAAUGCUUCUUGAGCAUUUGAGAACCAUCUAUGCUCACCAGGUGGCUGAGUAUGGCUCUUCACAUGAUGAGAUGACUGAUGAGAUGACUGAUACCGAGGAAUCUGACAGUGAGUAGAUUGCCUCAGGUUAAGGUGUAUAUAAUCAGAGCGUAGAUGCCAUUCAUCCUCGCUUUGGGGGUAGGGCAUAAUAAUCCGAGUCAACCCGCCAGGGCAGCACUUCUGGAACACUAAACAUUCUAUUAUUAUGCACUGCUAUUAGU